AGUAGUGGCACCUUUAGAGUAGGGGAACCACUGCGCAUAUAAGACAGGAUUUGAAGGGGUCCCGUCUUUAGUUUAUUACAAAGAAGCCGCACAACUCGUUGGCAAGAACAUUCAAUUUUCGUUCGCAUUGAAUUUCUUCCUGAUAUCGAGCCCUUUCACGAAUUCAUUGACAUCGCGGCCUGUAAUUUCUGUGCGUUCUCACAAAAUUGCCAAAAGAGUUGCCGGUGUUGGAAUUAAAAAUAAAUCUUUCUACGUAGAACGAGAAAGUGAGGAGUGUCGUGUUUAUCGGGAAGAGCGGACCACCGGGAUGGCCUUCGCGAAGACAGCUUCCACUCUACUCCUGGGUCUUUGGUGGGCCAUCUUGGUAUCCUGCGAGGACCAAAAUGUCACGGAAACGAUCAACAGCGGAUUCAACGAGCCAGAUUUCCCUACUCCCGAAUACAUACUGCCAUGCAGCAGGAAAGACCCAAAGAUCGAUUCGUGUUUUCUUAACACGCUCACUCAUGUCCAGCCAUAUUUGGUGAAAGGUAUCCCAGAUUUGAGCGUGCCUCCCAUAGAACCGCUGGUGAUUCCCGAACUGAAGAUGGAGAAUGGUCAAGGUCCAGUGCGUGUUAGGGCGAUUUUCACUAACAUUACCGCGAUAGGACCAGGAAACUACAGCAUCAGCAAAGUACGAGUGAACAUAUCAUCCUAUAGGUUCGACCUACAUCUGUCUUUGCCGAAGAUCGAUAUUCAUGGCAGUUACGACAUCAACGGGAACGUACUUCUCUUCCCUAUUCAAAGUCACGGCGAAUUUUGGGCAUUAUUCGGCGACGUGAAGGCCAUCGCUCGCAUGCAAGGUGUCGAGGAAGUGAGGGACGGUGUUCGUUACAUGAAGAUCUCUCGACUGUUAGUGGACUUCAGUCUCAGUCGAGCCAGAUUUCGCAUAAACGAUCACCUGAAUGGCAACAACGUGAUCGGCCAGGCGAUGAACCAAUUCCUGAAUCAGAACAUCAAAGAGAUAAUCGAGGAGAUGAGACCGGCGGCCAGUUCAAGUAUCGCCAAGUACUUCAAGGACUUUCUGAACGGCGUUUUCACCAAAAUGCCCCUGAAAGUUUGGAUGCACGAUACGUAACAGUUCCCAAUACCGGCUAACGUACAAAGUUGUCACGCGCGCGGCAUCCAUGGCUGCUGCAAUACUUCAUUGAAACGCGAACACACAUUUCAUAAUUGCAAAACGGUAUCCCUAUUGUAAUAAUGCAUAGUAAAUAGCGCACAAGCAAUCUUAAUUUGUUAAGAUUUAUAAUACAUAAGAGAUAUCUAUACGAGCAACGAGCAUUAAUAUAAUUUGUCAUUCAAAUAAUACCAAUUGUUUGAAACGCAAUUCGCACGUAUGUUGAAUUAAAGUAAAUAAUGAUUACUACAAAUUUAUUAGGCUUAAACAAAUUUGAAAAUAAUAAGCCUGGGUCGACAGUGUCAACGUUUCUAAACUCCGUUUUCAAAAUUGUUAAAUCUGAAAUGUUAAAUUUUGUUGUUAACUGAUAAAAUAAUAUGCGGUUUAUUUAUAGUUAUACGAUUAUUUUCUCCUUCAUUAGAUUAUUGCGAUUUAUCGUAUCAUAAGAUUUGUCAUAGAGCUGUAACAUAAAAAUAGAAUUACGAAGCUGUAUAAAAUAGUUGUAUUUAGUAAAGCGUAUUAAUAAUUAAUAAA